CCGGAAUAGAAACAAUCAAAUCAAAUAAGCAAUCAUCGCUGCCGAAAAUGGUUGGCCGACCAUCAUCCACCAUAAGAUAAGUACGAAUAGGUACGGUACGAAACGGUUGACGCCGUUUUUCGCGACUUAGUGCUAAUUGAGCCGUUUGAUGAGAUUCACCUCGCUGUAGGGAGGCAGAUUCAGCCCGGGGAAAUGAAACUCUCUAGAAGCCAUGCUAUUCCCCUGCUGUGGAGUCUACUGUUUCCGGCUGUCGGAGUAGGGGUCUACUUUCUUAUCUACUGGAACUGGUCGAGCUUACCGGAACCCGUGCUGAUCACAGAAGAGGUGUCGGAUCAGCCUGUAUUUGUAGCGGAACGCGCGCACAGUUUACUCCGACAGCUCACGAGUAAAGGUCCUCGAGUGGUUGGAAGUUCGACGAAUGAAGUUUUAACGGUAAAUUUCUUGCUGGACACGAUCAACCAAAUAGCUAGGGAUGCUGACCCAUCGAAUUUGGUAUCCGUUGAAGUGCAAGACGCAUCCGGGAGUAUGCUGUACUACUCAGAGACUUAUCCCAUGACCAGCUUUUAUCGCGACGUUCAAAAUGUCGUUGCCACCGUGAGAAAACGAAGCGACAGCCAAUUUAGCGGGCGUUAUCUUUUGCUAAAUUCUCACUUUGAUACGGUCAUAACUAGCUCUGGUGCAGGUGAUGAUGGGACAAUGGUGGUGGUAAUGCUUGAAGUACUGAAACAAAUCAGCCGCCUCAAUCUCGACUUGAAACAUGGAUUGAUAUUUUUGUUCAACGGCUGUGAGGAGAACACUCUUCAGGGCUCACAUGGCUUUGUGACCGGUCAUUCACUGGCGAAUAAUGUUUCUGCCUUCCUUAAUCUGGACAUUGCUAGCAACACUGGUCGGGAGAUUAUGUUUCAAUCUGGCCCAAACUAUCCAUUUCUGAUGCAGUACUAUCAAAAAUUCGCUAAACGACCGUAUGCAAACUCUGUCGGAGAAGAAGUAUUUCAACUGGGUUUAGUUCCAUCCGGUACGGAUUAUGAAGUGUUUACUCAAUUUGGAAACUGGCCUGGGAUGGACUUCGCUUUGUCUUCUUACGGCUACCUUUACCACACCAAGUACGAUGCCCUUUCUUCCAUUUCUCCGGGAACACUCCAACACAUCGGAGAUAACUUACUUCCUAUAGCCAUAGCUCUGGCAAAGGCCAACGAACUCAACAACAUCUCGGAGCAUGAGCUUAGCGCUGCUACGUUCUUCGAUUAUCUCCAUCUCUUCGAGAUAUCCUACGAUAGAACGCUGACAUACGUGAUCAACUGCUUGGUGGCCGUGGUAGGAUUAAUCCUCAUAAUAGUGACAAUUGUGAUGAUGGUCAAAAUGGAAGGCGCCAAACUUCCAAAAAUUCUCCUAGAAUGCGGAAUAACCCUUAUAGUCCAAACGGUCGCCAUCUUACUUGGCGCUGGAGUUACGAUAGCCAUAGCCUCCAUCUUAGAUGCCGCAAACCGAUCCAUGUCGUGGUAUACUUCUAACUGGCUGAUAUUUGGCCUUUACUUCGUUCCAUUCAUACUCUGCCUCACAAUCGUUCCGUGGCUAUACAUCCGCUACCGGAAAGUCAGCUACCUCAACAACCAAGGACGCGUACUACUUUUCCUACACUCCCAAUGUUUAAUCUUCAUAGCCCUUCUCCUGACCCUCACCGUGGCCGAAAUUCGAUCCGGAUACCUUCUCCUUUUCCCGGUGAUUUUUCAUUCCCUUUCAACAAUAGUCAACAUAUUCCUCAAAUUCAAGCUAAACCACUGGAUCUACGUUCAAGUCAUCGGUCAGAUCAUUCCAAUGGUUUACUUCUGCGCCCUCAGCAUUACCGUAUUCACCGUUUUCAUUCCCCUAACCGGUAGAGGAGAUCCCGGAGCCAAUCCCGACUUCAUGAUGGCCCUGUUCAGUAUCCUCAUGAGUCUUCUCUUGUUCGGCCUGCUGAUACCACUGGUGGUCCUGCUACCGAAAAUCCGUUACUUUAACACACUCCUAGCGCUAUUUUUCCUUUGUAACGUGAUCGUGGCGUUCACCCCCGUUGGAUUUCCGUUCCGUGAAGCUACCACUCCUCAACGUUACUACAUUUUCCAUCAAGCGCGACGCAUCUUCAACGCCGACGGCAGCGCUCGCCUCUCGACAAACAACUUCUUCGUCUAUUCGAUGGAUCGGCACACCCGGCGACUACUAGCCCAAGAAGUUCCCAUAUGGGAGCAAUCCCAACCGAUCAGCGACUUUUGCGAGCAGGACCUCUACUGCGGUUUCCCGUUCUACAACAAUCGCUAUCAUCGGUACCGGGAGCACAGUUUCUGGCUGCCCGCCAAAUCGGAACCAACCUUCCCGGAACCGGUCCGUCUACAACUCCUAGAAAAGCAGGACAUUUCCCCGAACCACAGACGAUACAGUUUCUCUCUCGAGGGACCAACCCUAAUGGGACUCUACGUGUCCCCUCACCAAGGAAACAACCUCACCAGGUGGUCGUUCAGCAAUUCGAUUCUUCCCGGAGGAACACCCUGGCGAGGUCAACCGGUCUACUACGUAAACCUCAUUCAAGCCAAAACACCUUCUCCACUACUGUUCACUCUUCAAAUUCGUACCAGCUCAACGCUCCAGCCCGACGUCACAACCUUGCGGUUAAACAUCGUUGGGAACUACAUGCACCAUGAGGAGGCUCACACCAGCGAGUUCCGGCAGCUGAUCGAGCUGAUGCCGCCGUACAUGCAUACCGUGGCCUACCCGAGCUAUCUGGAAAGCCGGGAGUUUUGAGUUGGCUUUCGGGAAGUUAAAGAACAGGAAAAUAAA